UAUCAUUCUUCUUUGAAUUGGUUUCUCCAAAGUUUUGAUUGAGGUAUUUCUAUGAUAAUUGAUUAUUAUAUAUAUAUGUAUUUUUUUUUUUUGAGAAAAUUGUGAAGAUGAUUAACUCCCAACUCUAGGUUUUGAAAUUAGACGUUGAUUACGUAUCCUUGUUUGAGGCAGUUAAGUAAUGCCCAUAAACUGUUUGACGAAAUGUGUGUUAGAGGGACAUUGUUAUUUCAAUACUGUAAUAAUGGAAUGUGUGUUAGAGGGACAUUGUUCUGUGUGGAUGUGUUCUAUAAUGGAAUUGACUUUAUAGUUUGGCUGAGUUCUUAUGUAAGAUUACCGUUACUUCUGGUGAUGCUUGUUCAAUUGCUUAGCUUUUGUUCUUGGCCAAGAUACAACUAAUUAGUGAAAUAGAUUGUAGUGUGCAAUCAUAUUUUUUCAUAUACUGGCCAGAAGUAAGCUAUAAUAUAUAGACAAGAAGUAAGCUAUAAUAUAUAAUAGAUUGUUGUUCUUCUUCUUGUUAGCAAAAAAAUAAACUCUCACCAAAAACAUACAUUUUCUCUCUCUCUCUAGUCAGUCAACUAGUCUUCCCUGUGAUCAUCUCCCAUUUUCCUCUCUCAAUCCUAGUCGUUUCCAUGCCCUCUUCCCUCUGCCAUUCUUUGGGAGACCCACUAGGAAUGGGUCCAAUCCAUGGCAUCAGCCAAAAUUAAGAAUCUACUAGUGGAUUUGGAAAAAAGGUUCUUUGAGCAAGCUCAAAGGAUUCACCACAAUAACCUUCUCAAUAAUAUACUAGCAAAGAUAGAAGGAAAUAAUGGAAAUGCCGGUGAUGCAAUCAUGCUUGACUAUGAAGGUUUCGUGUACGAAACAAAUGCUACAAAUAUUUUUGUAGUGAAGAAAGGCCAUGUUUUGACACCUCAUGCUGAUUACUGUCUUCCUGGCAUUACCCGUGCUACUAUUUUGGAAUCAUUCAAAUGUUCAGAACAUAAAAAAGAAAAGAUAAGACACAUUUCAAGAAGUAUUUACUGUCCAUAGAACAACAUAUAUUUGUAUAUUUAUACAUGUAAGUGUGUAUGUUAAAUUGGAUUUAUUUGAAUAUUUAGUUGUAUAAUUUACAUUUACCUGAUUAGUUCAUUUUAAUCAAAUGGUUGGUGUACUAAAAGCUAUCAAUUUGUUUUAUUGUUAAUGUGUUUCUUGAUUGAUUUUGAUUGCACUCAUCAUGAUUUUGACUAAAAGCUUACGUAAGGGAGAGUAGAGGGGGCAGUUACCAUUAUUCUUCACAGCCCUCAUUUUCAAAAUCUAAAGAGAGAGAACUAGAUGGCAAAAAGAGAGAACUUGUGCUCUCAAGGGGUUCAGCCAGCCUAAGAAUUCUUCUUAGGGUAAGUUUCAUUUGGAUUUUCUUUAAGUAUUUUAGUAUGAAUAUGUCCUUAGAUAUCUCUUGAUGUUAUAAGGAAUUGGAAAACCAACUUUGGAGAAGGAAACUCCAUAGUCUCGGCUUAGGGAAUUCAAGAGCAAGGGGUAUGUAACACUUUGGUUUUCUUAAAGGGUUCGACCAUGAUGGUCUCUCAAAGAAUCGUUGUUCUUGAUUAUGCUAGUAUAUUUAUUCUAUUUAUAUUGAGUAUUUUUUGGUCUUCUUUUUAGUCAAUAUUAUAUGCAUUAAUUUUAAUUUGUUGGUUGAUUCAUUGCAUUGACUAUCAGUUUCCUUACAAAUGUUAGAGGGGUUUAUAUUAUGUCUAAAAACUCUAAAAUGAUUGAUUUGAAUAUAAAGCCUCAUAAGUUGCAUGAACAAUCUUCAAAUAAUUAGGUUAGACUCACUGACUGCUAAUUCAAUAUCCAUUUCUUUGUUUGUAGGAUAAAUAAUUUUUCUUCUUAUUUUCUCUAUUGUAGUAGAGAAAGAACACACAUAAGACAUUACCAUAAUUCUAUUAAAUCAUAGCACUAUUUAGGCACUUGUUAUGGAAAAAAACACAAACUGAUCAACCAAGCACUACAACAUAUAUAGCAUGCUUAAUCAUAUAUUUUAAGUUUUCAUCUGCUGAUAUAACAAUUUAAAACAUUAUUUGUGUUGAAUAAGAAGGGAAAAACAAGUAACAAGUAUGAAAAAGUAUGAAUGCAGGCAGUACCUGAAGAAGCAGUUCCAGCAAAAACAGCUUGCAUGUACUAUUUUGGAAGCCUUCCAGCUGAUCCCAUCAAGCUUCCACCAAAUAAACACCAUAGGUUUUCUCACUUGAUUCUGUGCACCACACUCAGUGUAUCAGCGGAGCCACAAUUAAAGAGAGAACAAACAUAGAAAAUCCCAAGUUGAGUGUUAGCCUUGAACUCAAUUUCCCAAACAGCUACCCCAAAUUAGCAUCAGAACCAGAACUAGUAUUGAACAAUUCAUGUAAGCCCCAGAGAAAACCUUCUCAACAUGUCUGUUUGAUGUAAUCCAUGUAGUUGGAAUAGAAGGGACUGCUUCUCCUUUAACUAGUUACUGCCAAAGAGCCUUGUCCAAAUGGUCCUUUUGAAUUUUCCUGUAACAUGCUUUAAUACCUUAUUGAUUGCUUGGCAAACUCUGAGCUUUAAUUGUCAUAUUUCUUGUACUUGAUUUAUUUAUCUGCUCUGUUUGCAGAGGUAAAAUCUAGUUAAAGGGAAUAUGCAACUCUUUUUAGUGGAACAACAAAGAAGUCAAGCUCUGGAAGCUCAUGCUGCUGCUUUUGCACAAUUUAAAGAAAAUUCUUUGGUUGGAUGAAUCCCCUUAUGCAGCGUGCAUAUCAAAGACCAAUAACAGAGAAGUCAGGAACACGAGUUGGACAAUUUCUCUUUUUUUCUGUAGUAUGGAUUUUGGAGUAUGGAAAGAAAAGAGCAGAAACACUUACAACAAAUGGGACGGGGUUGCUCGCAGUACCACACAAGUACUCCUGUCUUGUAACUAUAACCAAAUUUAAUAGUUUGAUCAACAAAACCUCAAUUUGAUUCUUGUCAUGACAAUGAAAUGAUGUUUCCUGGGAUUGGUAAAAUAGUGCAUGGACCAGUUUUUUUUCUCAGCUUUCAUGGUGCCUAAAUUGAACUCAUUAAAGAGAGUUAGUCAAGAGCUUUAUUUAUAUAGAGAAUGAGUAGUACAGAGGGGGUAGUUAUGAUCUUUCAGCAGACAAACUAACAUAACUAAAUAAUAUUAACAACUAGUGCUUUCAGAAGUGAAUCAUGUCUUGUUAACAGAAUGAUCUUUCAACUGGUUACAGGUCUUUCCCAGAGCUUGGACAACAAUUUUGAUUUCUCUAGUAAUCUUAUUCAUUUUGUUCUCUGCUAUAUAUAUUGGGACCUGUUCAUGUUUUCAUUCAUUAGUAAUCUUAUUAGUAUAAAUAAUAUGAAUAUAUUAUCAUUAGAAAUAUAAACAAUUAAGUGGUAGUCAAAAAAGUUACCACAUAAGAGAAAAUUCCAAUGCCAUAUCAUGUGAAUAGUCUUCCCAUGUCAAGGGACAUAGCUCCCUGUAUCAGAAUUUUUUUCAACUCAGAAACUGACCCAUUUAG